AUGUCAUCGCCGGUCAAUAUCCUCGUCGUUGGAGCCACCGGUAAACAAGGUGGUAAAGCGAUUUCUACAUUGUUAGGUCAAUCUAACCUAUCCCUUCGAUUUUUGACUCGAAAUCCUUCGUCGGAAUCAGCCAAAAAGCUAGUCGAGAAGGGUGUCACAGCCGUCCAAGGUGAUCUAAAUGACAUUGAAGCGCUAGACAAGGCACUCGCUGGGGUGGAUAGAGCAUUUCUCGUGACUGAUGCGAUGGCUGGAGAGGAAAAGGAAGCUGAGCAAGGAAUCAAUUUCGUCAAUGCAGCCAAAAAGGCUGGCGUUGAACAUAUCGUAUUUAGUAGUGUUUGUGCCGCAGAUACGGCUAAGAACGUACCUCAUUUCCGUUCAAAAGCUAAGGUCGAAUCCAGCUUGAAGGCAUCCGGUCUUUCGUACACCAUCCUUCGACCUGCUGCUUUCAUGGACAAUUUCCCUGUCAAUUCAGGAUUCGCCCGUUUCAUGCUUGUCGGUGCAUUCUACGCUGCUCUCGGCUGGGGCAAGUGUCAGUUGAUCGCAGUAGAAGAUAUUGGUGUAUUCGCUGGCAAAGCUCUAUUGAAUACCAAAGAUGACACGUAUCGCAACAAGACCAUCGAUUUGGCUGCAGGCAAUUACGCUUUUGAGGAUAUUCGCCAUGCAAUCCUUAAAAGUCAAGGUUACACACCAUGGUUAGCAUCGUUAUUGCCGACUUUCAUUCGAAAUCUGCUUCCACACGACUUCAGAGAAAUGAUGUAUUUCUUUGCUACUGAGGGUUACCCGCCUGUAGACGCCAACAAGUUGCGGUCCAUCCACCCUCAAUUGUUGUCUUUGGAGGACUACUUCAGGGAGAACAAGGUCUAG